ACUCAUUGGAAGGCGGUCCACACGUUUAUAAAAAGUUUCCACCAUACCAAAUCCAUUCUCUUCUUAUUUUUCAAUUUCUUCUGUUUUACCUUUUCAUCCUUUUAUCAUCCUCUCAAAGACUCAAUCCACACGAAAGCUUUUUCAGAAAAAAAAAGGAGGAUCGACGAUCAAUCUCUUCUAAGGUUUCGUGAUGGCGUCGAAGCGGAUCUUGAAGGAAUUGAAAGAUUUGCAGAAGGAUCCUCCUACAUCAUGCAGCGCUGGUCCUGUUGCUGAAGACAUGUUUCAUUGGCAGGCAACUAUUAUGGGUCCUCCGGACAGUCCUUAUGCUGGGGGUGUUUUCCUGGUCACCAUCCAUUUUCCUCCAGAUUAUCCAUUUAAGCCUCCCAAGGUGGCAUUUAGAACAAAGGUAUUCCACCCAAAUAUAAACAGCAAUGGAAGCAUUUGCUUGGACAUCUUGAAGGAGCAGUGGAGUCCCGCACUAACAAUUUCUAAGGUAUUGCUGUCAAUCUGUUCGUUGCUGACAGAUCCAAAUCCUGAUGAUCCAUUAGUGCCGGAGAUUGCUCACAUGUACAAGACAGAUAGGAACAAGUAUGAGACAACUGCAAGGAGCUGGACCCAGAAAUAUGCCAUGGGCUAAACGAGCUUUGGUGUGUGUGAGUGGAGCCCCUUCUUUUAUAUUUUCUUUGGUUAUUCCGUUCCAUGUAUGAAUCCGCAUUCCCAUGUCAAUCCUAAAAUUUAAUAACUUAAACGUUUAAUUAACGCUUUGUUAAAGAAGAAACGCACAUCUUCAAUCUAUUAGUGUCUCGAUAAUGUUUCUCUGAUCCAUCGAAUUAUCUCAUUCGUAAAGUUGCAAUGUUACUUCGCAAUCAGUCCUAGAAUUUGUUGAAAGAGAUCGAUAAACAUGUUCUGCCCUU